AUGCUCGGCAGCUGUUGCUCCUUCAGCAGCCGCACAUAUGGCACGAUCACCUCGCAUCUUCUCCGAAAUGUGACUGCAUCGCGACUCUCAUCCUCUCCCCUCCCAGAUUGUGGCCGAAGAGAGCAUACGGAGCAUCCACCCUUCUCGCUGAGAAGACAGUCAGCAACCAGAUGGCUCCAUCACUCCCCGUCGGGCCGUGAGAAGAACGCACCGCCCUCUCUCUCCACACCACCGAGAGCCUCCCUCCUGGACUCUUCCUCCUCACACAACUCUCUGGAAUCCUUCCACGCCCACGCGGCCCGCACCGGUCUGUCGCGAUCCAGCACCGUCUACACUGGCACCACGUACGAAUACCUCGCACAGUCCACCCUCCGACCCUAUGGGUUUGAUCUGCAUCGAGUGGGCGGCAGAGGGGAUCGCGGCGUCGACCUCGUAGGGAUCUGGGAGAUACCCAUCUUGUCGCACACUGGCGAAUGGAAAGAGACGAGGCACAACACAAAAAGUCGAGGAUACAAUUAUGCCGGGGUCGAAGAGUUCGAGGGCAUAGAGACCUUGCAGCUCAAGGUGCUGGUCCAAUGUAAACGGCUGUCGGGGAGGCAUGCUAGGAUUGGGCCGAACCUGGUCAGGGAAUUGGACGGGGCCGUCAGGGCGAGCAGAAGUGCAGCAUUGGUUGACAUGAUCUUCUCUCAGGAUAAGACGGUGAGCACGACCACAGACGAGGGGGAUGAGGGGAGCAGUCGCCGCGACGAAGAGCCCCGACAGUCGAAUCCGGGGUUGGGACAGGCCAUCGGCGUGCUGGUGGGCACCAGGCCAGCGACCAAGGGCGUGGUGGACAGUAUGAGCCGAUCGACUCGUGGAUUGGUCUGGGUCAUGAUGGAAGAAGCCACGGAUCACGACACAAGUUCUGGUGCUGAAUCACAACUCAUAGCCCAAAACGAUUCUCUUCCCCCAGCCUCACCCCCCAACUCCACUACCGCCCUAAAGGGCCGCAUCAAGCAAAUCCUCUGGAACCACGCCGCCCGAGGUGCAGGACUAGAAGGUGUCGACGUGGUAAAGCGUUACGCCUGGGACGGUGCGGAAGAGGUAGUCCUGAUGCGCGGCGGGCGAGUCUGGGGCGGGAAACCAAGAAACCAAUGA